CUUCCGUAAAUAGUCAAGCCUUGAUUUGAAGAAGAAGGAACGAACGCACGACCAACACACAACAGACAGUGCGACAAUGCACAUUCGUUCGUUCUGCACCCGAACGACGCAACCACAAACAACAAGCAACACGAACCUUCUCUCUCUCCCUCCCACACGGAUUUGUUUCGUUUGUGACUUUGCCUGUGCCGUGAGGAAGAAGCGGGCUUUGAUCGGCCUUGCUUCGUGAGACAACCGACGUCUGCUGUUCAUAACUUGCUUGUCAGCACGUCGAACUGCCUUAUAUUUCCACCCUACUCUCCUUGAUCCAAGACGACUCAAGAAAGCUCAGAUACAUCAACUCUAUGGACGUCAAGCACAAACAAGCGACACACCAAGCACAAGCCAUGGAGCACCACCACCAGGAGCAGCAGCACGAACACCAGCACUGCGAGCAUGCACAUGAUGCUUCUGUCAUGGACGACUGGGCACUCGUUUUGGGAUCCUUGCACAGAAUCUACGACCCAGACACACGUGACUCUGUGCUCUCGCACAUCACCAUCUUCGAGGCGGUGUACAGGAUAGUUGGCGCGGGGCGUGGCUCGGAGUUGUUUGACCGCAUCUGUGAGGAGGUGUUGGCUCGGCGCUGUGCGGCGGUGUGCGAGUUCCUGGGCAAGCAGCUUGACGUACCGUGCGGGCAGUUCCUCGAGUGCUUUGCGUAUUGUGGCCGCAACUAUAAGAAGUCGACGCAGAUCUCGCAGACCGUACUCAGGCACCUGGAGAACAUGAUUCUCAAGGCGAAACUCUUCACUGAUUUCGACACAGAGGCCUUUGAUCUGUACCACGAGCGGGUGAUCCGUGACAAGCGGCUGCAUACGAAACUCAAGUCGAGUUUGAAGGAGGCGGCGGCCACCCCACUCGCUGUCGACCCGUCCGUCCUCAUGUGCAUCACCCAGGGGCUCAACAAGUUCAACCCACGCUACCUCGAAGACCUGCCUGAGCUGCGAAAGCGGUUCAUUGUGCGUGAGCGCGGCUACGUCAACCCGGGGUGCAUCCCCCAGCUCAGCUCGAUGGAGAGGGAGGCGAUGAACGAGGUGGAGCGCGCGUAUCGCAUGCUCGGAUAUGACAGUGAUUCCGCGUCGUGUGUCAGCGACGACCCAAACCCGCGCAAGCGCGCAUAUACAUCCGAGACAGACGAGGAGGAGGAGGACGAUAGCGGUGACGGUGCUGAUGGUACUGAUGAUGAUGAUGAGGUUGUUGUUGUUGUCGGUGGCGGUGAUGGUGCUGAUCACAGCGAGCAGCAGCUUCUCGUGCACGAUGAACAGGAACAGCACCACCAGCACGACCGACUCGAGGAAGAUGAGCACAAAGGCGGCGACAUGCACACCAGAGAUGAUGGUGAUGCUUGUGCUAGGAGAAGCAGCAGCUGGGUCAGCCGUUCACACCCUGUGCCCAUGAAUGUGGACGAAGACUGACUUGGUCAGUCAGAUAUGGGUGCAAUGCCCGCUGUCACCUCUUGUCGGUCCCACACACAUGCGCACACAGACACACCUGCACAUAGACUGCGUCGUUGUUCCUCCUCGACUUCUCCGCGGCCUUGUUCCCUUGUUUGAUUCCUGCAGCCAUACAUUGUCGUACGCACACACACACUGUCGUACGCACACACACACACACACACACACACACACACACACACACACACACACACACUUGCAUAGCAGCGUCUUUUCAGUUGUCCUUACACGACCUGUGAAUGGCUUGCGUUAUCUCUGUUCUUGACGCGACUUGUUGAUCAUGUUGCGAUGUCGCACUCGCGGCUUUGUGUUGUCAAGUUCCAGUGUGUUGCUUGUUGUUGUUUGUUGCAUUCGCAUGCUGUCAUGUCACAACAUCACACGUUAUUUUCAUAGUAUUGUUGUUGCGUCAGUUUGGGUCUCGUGAUUUUACCCUUCGCUCGUUUCGCAGAUGUAGUUCGUUCUUAAAGCCCCUUGAAGCUUCGCUGGUGACGAGCAUGUCUUAACUCUUGCUCGCCUCCAUUGUUGGCUGGAUCUCGGUUAUAUGCCAGCCGUUUGCCGUUUGCAGUUUACUUCCCUUUCCUCGCCAGUGUUCGCGCCACUUUGCUUCCCAUUCAUUGCCCGUGUUACCAUUGGCAUUCUUCGAUAAAAGCUGUGCUUUGCUG